AUGGCGGCACGUUGUUCAGCUUGCUCCUGGACGCCUAAAUCAGGAGUACCUGGCCUCAGGGCUUAUGAGUCGCAUGUCAAGCAUAAUCACUGUCAAACUGCAAUAGUCCGUGUAAAUUCAAAGAAAGCAGGUGCUGGCACUGAGAUCGGUCGAUCGGUCAGGCCAGCAAUAGAUCAGAAGAUAUCAUGCAUUUAUAAUUGUCCUGACUAUUCGGAAUUCUCCUGGAGGAGUGUUGAGGGGCAUCUUGUCAGGAAACACUCUAUGUCUAAAGAAGAUUUCACCACCCAAUAUGAACUUUUCCCACCCACCGCUGGGGUUUCCAUUAUCGCAUCCUCAGAACUCUCCCACCCUCCAUCUGCCGCUGGGGUUUCCGUUAUCACAUCACCAGAACCCUCCCACCCUCCACCUGCCGCUGGCGUUUCUGUGAGCACAUUACCAGAACCCUCACCACCACCUCCUGAGAUUCGAGCCACAAGGCCAAGAACAGCUCGACUCUCAAUUCCGAUCAGCUCUCGAAGUACACCAUAUGAGCGACGCACCAGCGGCUCACCUUCUCCUUCAAGAAGCGCCUCCGCAUCCCCUUCCAAGCCAUUAGGCUCGCCUUCUCCCUCAAGAAGUGUAUCAGCAUCCCCGUCCAGGCCAUCAGGAAGCUUUAGUGUGCUUCCCUCUCCUUCACCACUUGUGCAUCUCGCUUUCUCUCAACCUACCAGCCCACAGCCACAGCAUGAGAGGGAGGAUGAGUCUAUGGGAAGUGGGUCCAGUAGAAGUUCAAGCCGUUUAUGGGAAGGUCAGAUGGAGGUUAGUGACGACGAUGGGGAGGAUGAGGAUCAUGAUCCCCAAGGUCGGAUGGAGAUUGGUGAUGAGGAUGGGGAGGAGGAGGAGGAUAGUGAUGAGGACGGGGAGGAGCAGGGUGAUGAGGAUGGGGAGGAGGAGGAGGAUAGCGAUGAGGAGGAGGAUGAGGAGUGGGAGGAGCAGGAAGUAGAUACAGGUGGAGAUGAGGAGCAUUCUCCAGGGCUAAGUUCUGACUCUGAGCGACACAUGGAUGUUGAUCUGACUGAGGGCUCCAUUGCACAUCUUGAUCUAACUGCUGGUUUGGCUGGGGGCUCCAUGAUUGAACCUACUGCUGUUUUGGCUGGGGACUCCAUGAUUGAACCUGGUGCUGUUUUGGAUGGGGGCUCCAUGAUUGAACCUGGACUGAUUACUGUUUCAGCUGGAAUCUCCAUGAGUGAACCUGCAUUGGGGGCUCUAAAUCUGACUGCUGUGUCAAUUGAGAGCUCUAUAAUUGAACGUGCACUUGAGGCUGCUUCUCUAAUUGUAGUGGAAUUGAAAUGGCUGCCUGACCCUUGUCCCAAGUUUAUUGCCUGCAAGGCUUGCCAAGUUGGAGUAAAUGCUAGUGUGGCUCUCAAGCAUGCUAAGGACCAUAAAAUUCUGUUAUCUUCUACCCAGUUGGGUGUUCUGAAGGAAUUUCUGAAAACUGAGAAACUUGCUGUCCAAAAGGACAACCUUCCACUACCUCCUGAAAACUCUGCACCCAUCAAAGGUCUGGCUGUAAAUCAGGGUUUCAAGUGCUCACACUGCUCAUACUGUGUGGCUAGUAAGAGGACUAUAAUGACCCAUUUCUCAAAAGAGCAUUCUGGCAAGGCUGGGACCUAUGCUGAUAACUCAACCUCCACUUCCAUACAAAAAUACUUUUCUGGCACCCAUUCCCCCAGUUUUCCAGUUGAGUCUGUGCGCACAGGCCUUGCAUCUGAUGAUCUGUACUCAGUCUAUCUUGAUCAGAUGCUACCAGUCUUUAGAGACUCAACCCUGGUUAAUGAGGCCUUGUCCCCAAAUGAGAUUCCUCCCCUUCUAAAAGUUACCCAUUGGCAUCAGCAUCUUGCAGAGGAUCUAAAAGACACUGUGACUAUAGCAAAGCUCAUGGCCCUCACCAAAGUUCCAACUUCAAAGGAGGGCAUUCCCUGGCUUGGGGUACCACUCAAGGAGGCCACAGUUGCCUACCUGCAUGACACAGGUAAGAAAGCUGGAGAGGCAGAAAUUGGCGUAAGAUGCCUCCUCCAUGAGUGCCCAAGGACCACCCAGACUGGUGAUGCUUGGCAGCCAUUGGACAAUGAGAAGUCCAUUGAAAGCUAUGCUUUACUCCUGCACAAGUGGGUCCAUGCCAUCCUGGUCACCCUUGAGCCCAACGAGCCAUCAGGGUACAUGUUCCCUCUGACACAUGGUGAUCGUGUCCGUGCAGCAGCUCUGAAAAUUGCACUUCAGUCUGAAGAUCAGGACAAUGUAGUCCUCAUUCUUCACCAGUUCCUUAAGCCACUUUUCUAUCCACUGGAUCGCUCAGGUCUUGAUGCUGCUCAAGUGGUGGCAGGCAAGUGGGGUGAGGUGAAUGAGUGCCUUCAAGCACUCACUGCCUUACAGUCAGAUGGCACCUUCAAAGAGGCACAUAAUGUCACUCAGAUGUACGCCAAAUUGUGCUAUCAUAUCAGGGCUGCCAUCCUGUAUGAAGGAUACCUCAAUGCUGACAAAUUCGGAGGAGAUUUGUAUGAAUCUGUAAAAAAUGAGGCACUGCUAAAUCUCCAACCAGGAGUUGCUUCACCAUACAACAACUGUCGUGACUAUCAGAGAUAUGCUUCCGCCAUUGCCUUGAACACGAACACAGCACCUACAACACGUGUCAGCCAAGAUGGCAUGUCCAUCACCUUUGGUGAACACACACUCAACAUUGCACAGUGGAGGCAAGGGCUAGCAAAGCUGGCUGAUGAGAUAGAUGCUGAGCUCACCAUUCUCUGUCGGGGGCAAGAGAAGCUCCUCUCAAUUCCGGAUUCUAUACCAGAUGACUGGGACAAUAAAGUUCGAGGAUAUGGCUGGACACAAAAUGGAAAGUUCCUGGAUGACAAUAAUCAACUGCUUCAUGUUAUGAUGGAUGACAAGACACUCCAACUGGCCACAAUGGAGAACAAGGCCCUCAAGUUCAAUCCUGUAAAACUCUGGGAGUUCUUGCGACAGUGCGAUUCUGUCAAUGAGAAGCUGAGCCUGUUAGCUUUUAUGACACCAGGUCAGACUCCUCGUGUUGAAGAGUUUCUUGAAGCCAAGUAUACAAACUCAACCAAACCACGUACUGUCUUCAGGGAUGGUCAGGACAUAUGGAUUGUCACCAGGCGGGUGAAAACGACAAACCAGAUACGGAAGGAGGCUUUCCUGCCCAUGAAGUGUCCUCCAAGGCUCACAAACUUCCUGGAGAGAUAUCUGCUUGUUGUCCGUCCAAUUGAGAAUCAACUCAUCUAUCAAGCAAGGCCAGAUGAAGGUAUUGCAGUCUAUCAUCUCUACUCAGAGUAUCUGUGGACAAGUCAGGGUGCACGUAGGAAAGCUGACAAGUGGUGUGGUGUGUUUAAGGCUUUCUUGGGGAGCUACUGUAAAGUGGACACUGGGGUCCAUGACUAUCGACAAAUAGCUGUUGAAAUAGGCCGUGUUUUCCUUGGUUCAGAGGCUGUGGUUGAUGAAGAGCGAGAGGAUGUCAUUGCAGAACAAGCUGGCCAUAUGGCUGGAACAGCUCGUGUCAAGUAUGCAGCAGAAGUUGGCCAUCUACCGGCCAUGUCUAGUGAUCUGCUACUGCGCUAUGGCAGAGUAUCAGAGCUAUGGUGGCAGGUCACAGGCUUCAUGCCAAAUGCCCCACCAAUGCUGCCACUCCGCACUCGGAUUGCACUUCGGAAGAAAACCCAAUCACAGUCUGACUUGGAUCACUAUCCAUCUGACCUCAUCCAGAGGAGUGCUGGUGGCCCAUCAUCUGACUUGAAUCGCCAAGCCAUUAUACAUGCAUUAACUGCUUCACUUGUUCAUCAAAUCCAACAAGUUGAAGUUGAACUUCGUGCAGAUAUCAUAUCUGCAGUCACUAAAUCACUCCAGCCAAUCAUCACUUUAGCUGACUGA